AUGUUUGAAAACUUCUCUUUCACAUCACCGUCUUCACGGCCUGCCCGACUAGCCCUGGACCCAGACGACCGCCUGAUGGUCGACGGCGACAGCAACCUCAUCUCGCCUCUUUCCUCCCGCUGCCCAUCACCGCAAUCGCACCGCUUCCGCAAUAUAUCGCGCUCGCGCUCGUCGCACUUCCACCGCUCCCAACAACCCCCCACCUCCGUCCCCUUCCCCUAUGACGCAGACCACAAGCGGCUGUCCAUCUCGACACUGACUCAGAAAUUGCACGAGCAUACCCUCGCUACGCCGACUAGCGACAGCUACUCGUUUCAAACCCCCAAUCAGCGCUUUGCUCAGGGUCCAGGACAGGGUGGUGGGGGCUACGGCUACGACGGACGAUAUACGCCCCGCUCCCGGUAUGGCGGCUACAGCCACGGACUCGUCCUCACUCCACCGGAAACAGACCAUUCAGAUGACUCUGGUGUAGACGGCUUCUCAUCGCCAUCUGCGUCGUCAAACCCAAGUCCGACAUUUAUGCCGCCGGAUCUCCUGUCCGAUCUGCCCGAGUUCGGGCUGGAUAGUCACCCACACCCGCUCCCGGGUCCGGGCCAUGGUCAGAGUCAGAGCCAGAGUCAGAGUCAGGAUAUCAGGAUGCAACGGCAGCAGAUUUCCAGGUUACAGUGUAACCAAUCUGAAGUGGAAGCCAUGCAGCGGAGUCUAUUAGCAGAGGAAGGGACUGUAGGAGGUGGCGAUCCAUCGCGUGAAGAAGACGAUUGCCACCCGAGUGAUUUACCGCCACGAUUGUCGCCGCGGCGGAGGGCUGUUACGCUUGCCCGAUCGAGGUUUGGACCGGAGACGGCGUCGGAUGCGAGGGCUAGGAGGAAGAGUAGUUGUGGGGCCCUUUUGUCGAGUCGUGUUGAUAAGACUCAUUUGAGUGGGUAUGCUGGGAUUGGGAAAAAGAGGAGUGAUAAUGGGCUUCGACGCAAGAGCCUUGUUAGUGCUGCUUUGGCUUCUAUGGUUGAGAGGGAGUGA